AAAUGAAAUUGCCUGCAAAGUCAGAUGGAUCCAACUUUCGUUUGUCAAUUUGAUUCUACCAUUGAAAUUGGAUUAAUACUUUCUCUAAACCGUUAAUGAGGAUGAUAUUCACCACCUGUGGCAUUUAUUUUUACUUUGAAGCUUCGGUGUCAAGAUGUCAUUUCGCAGUUUCUCGAUAAUCACGAUAUGUCAAACGACAUUGAUGCUCAAAAUGAUGAAAUGUUGGCAUUGGCAAGUAUAUAUGACACUGAUGAAUUUUCUUACAAGAAAGAAGAUGGAGAGCUUAGUGGCCAGUUCAAAGCUUUUGUAACUCUUCCUGGGGAUGGAGGAAUUAAGUUACAGUACCGUUUAGAAUGUUUCAAAAGCCGUCUACCAAGUCAUACUGAAAAUCCAAUUCCAGCAGAUUUCAAUGAACUCUCUCUCAAAUUUCUACCACCCAUUGAGUUUGCAUUUACGCUUCCUCCCGAUUAUCCCUCAACAUCACCACCCAGGUUUACCCUAGUUUGUGUUUGGCUAGGACGCAAACAGCUUUCAAGGCUAUGUGAAAAACUUGAUAAUUUAUGGGAAGAAAACAAAGGCCUUGAAAUUCUAUUUUUAUGGUUGUCUUUCUUGAAGGAAGACACAUUUAACUAUCUUGAACUGGAACCUGUUAUAAACCUUAGCAAGCAAUACACCUACAAUAUGGUUCAACUUGAUAAAAGGAAAAAGCUGCUGAAGAGCCAAGUCAGUGUUGUUCCACCACAAGAUGGUGCUGGAGUAUCUGAAACCUCUGGAAGUUCAUCUACCCUCAGUUCUUCAGUUAAGUCUCAACACACAACAGCAAACUUGGUUGGUGGGAGAGGGAGAGGCCGUGGAAAGGCCAGAGGAAGAGGGAGAAAUUUUCUGAGAGCACGUCAUCAACCUGACAAUACGGGCCAUGGAUCAAAUCAAGACCCAUCAUCAGUUAAUAAACCACAUAUCGAAGAAUCUUCCAGUAUGCUUAACAGUCCUAAUUCCCCAAACCCUCAAAGUCCAGAGUCCAACUCUAAAUCUGCUACUGUGAACAGGCUAGACAGUCGUGCAGUGUCUUGUGAAUCAUUACAAGGAUCUCUCAUAGAUCAUAUAAUUGAAUAUAAUAAAGAACAGUGUGAAAAAGAAUUCCAGCGGAAUAUUUAUCAGUGCACUAUCUGCUUUGAUGACAAACCAGGAAGCCAAUGUAUUGAGUUCAAUGUCUGUGGACACAUUUUUUGUUGUGAAUGUAUCGGAACAUUCUUUGAAGUUAAUAUAAAGGAUGGUAACAUACACGGAUUGAUUUGUCCAGAAAAAGGAUGCAAGUCAGAAGCACUUCAAAGUCAGAUAUGUAAGUUGGUAAGUCCAGAACUAUUUGCACGUUAUGAUGAACUUUUACUAUCUUCUGCAUUGGAUGGAAUGGAAGAUAUUGUUUAUUGCCCACGAAAAACAUGUCAGUAUCCUGUAACUUAUGAUAAGGAAGAAAAAUUAGCCCGAUGCGCGCAUUGCUCCUAUACUUUUUGUACCCUGUGUCGGAUGGGCUACCAUGGAAUUGAUCCAUGUCGUCUUAAGAUAGAUUCCGGAUUGAUUGCUGAGUAUGAAUCUGCCUCAGCUGAGAGGAAACGCUUCCUGGAAAAGAAGCAUGGCCGUAGGACACUGCAAAAUUUACUGGAUACUGGCUACUCAGAACAAUGGAUUAAAGGAAAUUCCAAGAAAUGUCCUCACUGUCAGACUGCAAUUGAGAAAUCUGAUGGAUGCAACAAAAUGACAUGCUGGAAGUGUAACACAUUUUUCUGCUGGUUGUGUAAUACAAGAUUAAAUCCUGGAAAUCCUUACAAUCAUUUCAACUCCCCAAACUCAGCUUGCUUCAAAAUGUUGUUUCAUGGCUUACCUGAUUCAGAUUCGGAUUCUGAUGAUGAGUUUCUUGUUUAUUUGGAAGAUGAGGAAGCUGAGUUCUAAGUCUACAGAUCUACGUGCAAGAUUAUUUUUAUUAAAUCUAAUGGCUGUGGGUAUGCUGUAGGUCAGGUGCUAAUUUUGCUUGUACUGAAAUUUUCUUAACGUGGGUAUAAAAAAACAACUUAUAUUUUGCCUUUUAGUGUGAUGUAUGUUGUUAUUGUGCCUUUUAGUCCAAUUCUAUUUUUAGUAUCUGUUCAAUACCCAACAUUUUUUCAUUUUAUUAUCUCCCUCCUGUCUUUCCUACCGGUCUAGUUUUGUGUUUUUCUAUCCAUCUAAUGAUUUUUUCAUUCUUUUCUUUCUUAAAUGUGAAAAUUCAUGUUUCUACUAUUUUGGAAGAUGCUGUAUACUUGUUGUCACACAAGUUAGCAACAAGUUAGCUUUAUGUGUGUUUUGCUCCAUGGGUAUCUGUACACUUGAAGAACACUACCUAUUUUUGUUAUGUUAUGCGUCUCAGGAAAACAUGAGUUCUUGUGAUGGUCUCUUAAAGCCUUGCUUUUCAAAAUUUCUGGCAGGAAUAUUUCAAUACAAUACUGUCCAAAGAGUAGAGGUUCUUUUACUUUUUUGUGAAGUGUGUAUUUUAUCCAAAUGGAAAAGAUUAGGCAAUAAUAAAACACAAAUUGUACUUGUGAAGUCUGUUUAGACAUUUUCUAUGGAAGGAUCUAAACAUACUUACAAUUUUCUCAUGGUACAAAUUAUUUUUUAAACUACUUUCAUAUCUUACCAUACUUAUAAAAGUGAUUCAUAAUGCUAUAAAUAUGUGUUAUGACCAUCAUUAGUUAACAAUUCAAUGAAUUCAAUUUACAAAAUCAGCAUUUGAAUAAAUAAAUUGGAGCUCUUUAUUGAAUUCUCUUAUGUAGGCUUACUUUGAAAACCUGUCUUCUAUCUAAACGGUACAUUUGGCAUUUAUUUUGUCAGGCAAAUAAUCCUCUAAGGUAUUGUCUGUUUCGAUGUAAAAUGAAUUCGAGAUUCAAGGUUAUUAUACAUUCUUGGUUUGGCUCAAUAUUUAUGCCUUUUGUGGUACAAUGGUAUAAAGCCCUCUCUGUUUGUUGCUGAUUUUUUUUUAUUUUCAGUUAUUUUUGUUUUUUUGAAGGCUUUAGCAUACAGGCUUUUAGUCCAUCUGUCAAAGCAAGUUGGCAUCAUGUUGAAAUUACUUCAAUUGCUUUAGUAAUGAGAUCACACCUUUGUAUUUUUAAAAAAGAAUGUAUUUAAUAAUAAACGCUACUGUUGCAGAAGUAACAGCACCUAAACAAAAAAUUAAAAAGAAAAUGAAUCUUUCUUCAGUGAUCAUAGCCAUUCAAAUUUUAAGUAACAAAAGUUUACUAUGUUUAAUGACACUUUGUUACAUGUAAACAAAAAUUUUCUUAAGCACCAACAGUUUUGCUUAAUAGGAAGGCUCUUUAGCCAUUACCUUGGCACUCAGGAAACAGCAAACCAGAGCUAGAUAAAACGGGUCAUAAGCUAAGUAUAUACAAAAAUCUGCUCGCUCCAGCAGAAACUAAUGUAAAUAAAUCAGUGGAGGGUAUGUAUAUAUAUAUAAAAGAUCAUUUAAACCUGAACUGAUAUCACAUACAUAACAGAACAUUAUUUCAAGCGAAGGUGAGGCGGUAUUAAAAUACUCAACUUGUUUGUAACUGCUGACGGUCACUGAGCCAAAAAUGGUAACAAUAUCGUAGUUGUUUUUUUUCUCAGGGGCCGAGCCAAGUAGAUGGAGUUGUGGUAACCUCAGUCAAAAUAAGAAAGAAAAAGCUAUUCAUAUUACAGCCUAAGCUAUAUUUUGGGGGACUGAUUUCAUGAAAUCAACAACAAUACUUUCAACUCUUCACAUUCUUUUCAGUUGCAAAUGCAAUCUGUGCCAAAGUAAACUAUAGCUGUUAUAAAUAAUUGUAUGUGAAGAGCUCAAGCAUCUAUGUAUUUCUACUUUAACUUUAGAACACAACUUGAUCAAUAUGGUUUUCAGACCAUUUGGCAUUCUCUCAAUUAAAAUCUGAAGAAUGGUUUAUGCAUCAUCUAAGUACAUAAUGUUAAAAAAAUCAACAAACAUCUUUCAAGACUUUUUUCUUUGUUAACAGUUAUUUAGGUGUAAAUAACAAAGCAGCCUCAAUUGCUCCUAUAUCACAUUUCUACAAUGGUCUACAUCACCACAAACCCAAUGUUGCUCAAACAAUCAAUUUCAAUUAUGUAUCAAUGUGCAGGUAUUCUAAAACCUACUUUCCCCCAGUUUCCACUCAAGUGAUCAGAAAAUCUUGUGUUCCAAAUGAUUU